GAGAGAGAGAACGGUAGAGGGAGCCAGUCGGUUGUGUGGAUCACUCGAGAGAAGCGGAUCAACACUGAGCAACCGGCCGCUUGUUUCUCAGGCCCAGCUGCAGCGUCAUCAUGACUAAAGAGGAGAACCUGGAGGUGCAGGAAAAGGAGAGGCACGAUCGGGAGGAGCAGGAGGAGGGGAGGUUCCAGAAAGAGGAGGAGGAGGCUCAAACCGAAGAGGAGGAGGAGGAGGAAGAAGAGGACGGAGACGGGGAGGAGGAAUAUGGGCAGCAGGGGGAGCGUGCAGUGGUGGACGAUGAGGGGGAGCAGGAGGAGGAGCAGGAGGAAAGAGAGGAGAGGGAGCAAGAGGAGGUUCCACCGGCCAGUCAGGAGCAGGAGGCCGAGCCAGAUCCCGAGCCGCUGUCAGUGUCCCAGUACCAGAGUCCGGUUCACGAGCCCCGGCGCCGAGCCAUGGUGCACUCCUCCGCACAGGCGCCACUGCCACCCGACUACACCUUCACCUUCUUCGACCCCAACGACCCAGCCUGCUAUGAGAUCCUCAUGGAUCCUCAGACCACCAUCCCAGAGCUGUUCGCCAUCGUGCGUCAGUGGGUUCCUCAAGUGCAGCACAAGAUCGACAUCAUCGGCAACGAGAUCCUGAAGCGUGGCUGUCAUGUGAACGACCGCGACGGCUUGACCGACAUGACGCUGCUUCACUACAGCUGUAAGGCCGGAGCACAUGGAGUCGGCGACCCGGCGGCGGCGCUGCGUCUCACCAGUCAGCUGAUCUCUUUGGGCGCCGACGUGAGUCUGAGGAGUCGCUGGACCAACAUGAACGCGCUGCACUACGCUGCUUACUUCGACGUCCCAGAACUGAUCCGAGUGCUGCUCAAGUCCUCCAAACCCAGAGUGAUGAACUCGACGUGCAGUGAUUUCCAGUACGGGACGGCUCUCCACAUCGCCGCCUCCAACCUGUGCCUGGGAGCAGUGAGGUGUCUUCUGGAGCACGGAGCCACGCCCACCGUCCGGAAUGACAAGGGCCAGGUUCCAGCUGAUGUGGUGCCCGACCCGAUGGACAUGAGUCUGGACAAGGCCGAGGCUGCCAUGGUGGCCAAGGAGCUGAGCCAGCUGCUGCUGGACGCCGUCCCCCUGAGCUGCAACCUGCCCAGAGCCACGCUGCCCAACUACGACAACAUCCCGGGAAACCUGAUGCUGUCGUCGAUCGGGCUGAAGCUGGGGGAGCGCGUGGUGCUGGAGGACAUGAAGCUCCAGAGAGACCAGAGCAGAGGGGACGUCCCGGCUGCAGACGUCAGACAGACUGGAACUCUGAGGUUCUGUGGUACGACCGAGUUCGCCAGCGGCCAGUGGGUCGGCGUGGAGCUGGACGAGCCCGAGGGAAAGAACGACGGCAGCGUGGGCGGCGUGCGCUACUUCAUCUGCCCUCCGAAGCUAGGGAUCUUUGCUCCUGUGUCAAAGAUCUCCAAGGCGGUGGUGGAGCAGACGCUGUCCUCCGUCACCUCCACCCCCCGCACCCCCCGCAUGGACCUGGCCUCGCGCCUCGCUGGGAGGACCAAGAAGGAGAAGGAGAAGAAGGAGAAGGAGAGAGUGAAAGUCCAGAGGAAGAAGUCGUCGGUGGCCGGUUUGGAUCCCGAGGGCCUGAACGUGGAGGUCGGGGAUCAGGUUCUCGUGGCCGGACAGAAACACGGCAUCGUUCGCUUCUUCGGGAAAACGGACUUCGCUCCAGGUUACUGGUUCGGGGUGGAGUUGGAUCAGCCCACAGGGAAACACGACGGCUCGGUGUUUGGAGUGCGGUACUACAGCUGCCUGCCCAAAUAUGGUGUGUUCGCUCCGCCCUCCCGUGUGCAGAGAAUCGGGGGUCCUACAGACGGCUCCCACAGCCACAGCUCCCUGGUGAAGAAGGUCCACCAGGUCACCAUGUCGCAGCCGAAGCGUAACUUCAACACGAUGCGUUCUCCUAAAGACCUGACCUCUGAAAGCUCCAUAUCCAGGUUGCUGUUCUGCUGUUGGUUUCCGUGGAUGCUGCGUGCUGAGAUGCAGUCCUAACCACGCCCCCUCGCCCUCCGCUGUCUCUUCUCUCCAUCUCUGUCUCUCGCCGUCCUCUCGGAGUGUCCUGGCUGUCGCCCCCCCCGCUCACAGUGAACCCUCUCCCCUCGGACUCUCCUUCUAGUCUACUCGUUCUCUGAUCAGCACCUCCUUCGUUCCGUCAGCGACUCGAGGCUGAGGAACCGUCUCUUCUGUCUCUCGUCCUCUCAUCGUCCAGUUUGCUGUUUUCUGCAUGUUCCUCCAUUCAGGGCAGAAAUCUGCUGUCAACUCAACUCUCCUUUGUUCUGCUCGAUGUUUCCUUUUCGCUGCUUCUAAAUUUGGCCAAAUUUCAAAUCGAGUGCCAGAUGAAUUCAACUCAAACUAAAUAAAUGAUAGCUUAAAGGAUAAUAAUAAUAAUACUGCUGACACUUUGACCAACACGUUGCAGUUUGUGUAUUUUAUUGAUCCAGGAACGACGGCCUUGUCGUGUCCUGAACAGCUGAGACACAACUGAGACACAACUGAGACACAACUGAGACACAACUGAGACACAACUGAGACACAACUGAGACACAACUGAGACUCUGACGUCUUCUCCAGAUGUUUCCUCGGUGCCGGACGGUUGAUUCAUGUUCUCCAAACACAGAUAUCUCAAAAGGUUUGAAUACUUGUUUGGAGAAUGUUUAGUGUUGGGUUGUUUUUUAAAACUCCUGGUCUCUGCUACAGAGACAGAGACAGAGACAGAGACAGAGACAGAGACAGGGACAGGGACAGGGACAGAGACAGAGACAGAGACAGAGACAGAGACAGGGACAGGGACAGAGACAGAGACAGAGACAGAGACAGGGACAGAGACAGAGACAGAGACAGAGACAGAGGCGUCCGUCUCACGUCCACUCAGCUCCGGAGUCUCAGAGACGCUGAGAAGUUUGAAAGGAGUUCCCGACCCUGUGUCUUCGCUAACAGCUGCUGUUCAGUUCUGUAUUUUACUAUGAAACAACUAUUUACAUGGCACAUGCAUGCGCGUGCACGUGAGUGGUCAUGUGAUGUGCGUUCUGAGGAGUCUUAGUCUGGACGGAGAUUAAAACUAACACGGAGACGAAACCCUCAGAGACAGUUUGAGUUGUGGUGUGAACGUAGAGCUUCACACACACACAGAGCGUUGUCUCUGUGGUCUGGACGCUCUGUCGUGUUGACGCUCUGUUGUGUUGACGCUCUGUGGUGUUGACGCUCUGUGGUCUGGACGCUCUGUGGUCUGGACGCUCUGUUGGGUUGACGCUCUUUGGUGUUGACGCUCUGUGGUCUGGACGCUCUGUUGGGUUGACGCUCUGUGGUGUUGACGCUCUGUGGUCUGGACGCUCUGUGGUGUUGAUGCUCUGUGGUCUGGACGCUCUGUUGGGUUGACGCUCUGUUGUGUUGACGCUCUGUGGUCUGGACGCUCUGUGGUGUUGACGCUCUGUGGUCUGGACGCUCUGUGGUCUGGACGCUCUGUUGGGUUGACGCUCUGUGGUGUUGACGCUCUGUGGUCUGGACGCUCUGUUGUGUUGACGCUCUGUGGUGUUGACGCUCUGUGGUCUGGACGCUCUGUCUGUCCCGUGGGAGACGUUUGACGGAGACUCUCGACGUCUCGUUGUCAGACCGUGGAGACGUAGAUUCUCUGAACUCCUCCUCGUGCUUCGACCUCAGAUGUCAAACUGAAAACAGGGUUCAUCAGCGACUCAUUGUUCAUCACUCCGAGGUGAAUCAUGAUCUCUAUGAAAUAUCUCACACAUUAAUAAAGCGUAUUUUAAAGUGCAGCUUCAAGUUGUGGUCGUUGCACUUUACAAAUUUCAACACUCGUCCUUUCCCCUCAGACUCUCCUUAAUGGAUGAAACCCUGACGAUGUCAUCACACAGAAUAACUUUAUUUAUAUCGUACAAAUAUUAGUCAACAUAGUCAGAGUGAAAAACACAGAGUAUUAUAGAAUUCUGAUUAACAGCUGCGAUUAUAAUCUGCCAUUAACCAAAACUGCUAACAAACCCAAAAUGAUGAACUCAAAGUGUUUUCAAAAUUGUGAAGCGAAAUAUUAACGUUUGUGUUGUCAUCGUUGAUUCUGACAACAAAUUUCUUGAAUUUAACAUUUUUAAAACAACUUUUAAUCACGUUGGAGUUAAUCUCUGUCGAUGAUAAUCAUCUCGUCACAUGCUCAUCUUCUGGAUCUCCAUGUUUCCCACAACAGGAAUUUUAAUCUCUCUAGUGUCCACGAGUAGUGAAAACAUCUCCCCCCCCCCCCAUCCCCCCCUCCCCUCACCCCUCUCUCUCCAUUCAAAUAGGACUUGUGUACUUUCUGUGAAUGUGAGCAUUUGCGAAAAAGAGGAAACAAAAACGCAAGUUAACCUGAACCUGUGUGCGCUUCAUGUUCAACUCUCUGGAAACAGCAAUAUGUAAUAAUAUGUCACCUGGUUCGUGUGUUAACGUCUCUUCACACUCUGCAAGCACACGUGCACGGAGAGACGUGCACGGAGGGACGUGCACGGAGGGACGUGCACGCUCACACUCUGACGCUGAUGUGGUCGAACCUCAUGUCACGAUGAGACCUGGUUCCCCACAGGGUCAGGACGUGCAGGUGAAUGAAUGAUGACCUUUAGAUGAACGGGUUAUUAAUAACACAGUUAGUUAUGGAUUCUUCUCCAGAAACUUCAUUUGAGCUUUUUAGCUUUGACGGAAACUUCACUUCCUGUUUAUGGAUAUGAGAAUCAGCGUCAAACUGUCAAUCUCAAUUCGGCUGCUUUAUUUGAAGGAUGCGCGACUCGAGCCUCUUUUCCACCGGUCACGUGGUUUGUCUGAGGUGAAACUAGUGGCUUCCUGGACGGAGGGAAUCGAACGUUCAGGAGAUGAUCAGCAGGAACGAGCUGGAACCUUCAGAACCAGUGCUCCUUUAAAUCCUCUAUAAUCAAUGGGUGUGCGUGUCUGAGGAUAAAACUCAUUCUCAUCGUAACCAACUCAGUACCUGGUUGUUCAGAAUAAACAGUAUAUAGCCUAUUUUUUGAUAACUUCACUAAGUGUACUUUUUGUUCUCCGGUUUUGUAGCGUGUGUGAGAGAGAGAGUGUGUGUGAGUCACUCCUGUUUUGAAAGUGUGUGUGGAGCGGACGGACGUUAAAGAGGAAACAGGAGAGAACGAGCAUCGAACGUCUUCAUCCGAUCACCACUCACUGCAUGCUCCCCCCCCCCCUCUCUCUCUCCGUCAGUAUUUUCUGGUUUUUUCGUCGUGUAUCUUCAUCAGCAUGAAAAUGCUUCUAAUAUUAACAGUGACAACUGUAUGAAUAUAAUAAAGAAUUUGAUGUUGUUUUUCUA